CCCCUCCCUGCGCUCCCCCGGGCGCGGCUGCCCUCAUGGCGCUGUGUCGAGGCGUGCUGGGCAUCUGCCUCUUCCUCCUGCUCCUGCUGCCGGCGGCCGUUUUGGGUGAGGAUUGUCCGGCAUAUACUGGCUAUUUUGGCGAAGUACAACUUGCACAACCCUGUCCUGAUUUCUGCUGUGGAACUUGUCUGGAUCGAUACUGCUGCUCUAAUGUAUUACUAAAAUUUGAUGAACAAAAACUCCAGUGCAAUCAGCUUAAUGAAAGGGUGCCUGACGUAGAAGACCCUGUGGAAGCUUUAGAGAAGAUCGGAGAGAGACUGAGGAAUAUUCGUGAAUCGCAAUCCAACAGCUGGAUGCCUGAGUCACAGAUUUUUCAGGAUCCUGAUGAUCUCUUUGAUUCUCCUAGCCCCAGUUUUGGAGGCCUUAUUGCCAUUGGAGUUACUGUUUUUGCAGUGAUUAUCAUUACUAUUAUUCUCUGCCUCACCUGUUCCUGUUGCUGUCUGUACAAAACAUGUCGAAGACCACGGCCUGUGGUGACCACCACUGCCACCACGACAGUGGUUCACUCUGCCUAUCCCCAGCAGCCAGCAGUGCCACCCAGCUACCCAGCAGCUCCAUACCAAGGCUACCAGCCCGUGGCUGUCCAGCCCCAGCCAGGGAUGCCAGUGGCUCCAUACCCUGCACAGUACCCUCCCCCUUACCCCAUGCAGCCAGCAGGACCCCCGGCUUACCAUGAAACUGUGGCAGCUGGUGCUGGAGCCCCUUACCCCACCCAGCCUCCUUACAACCCUGCUUACAUGGAUCCUCAGAAGCCCACCUAUUGAAAAGCUCUUCUACCCUGCUUCUGCAUACAAAAAUUGUCCAAAUGUAAUUUGUUCUGUUUACACCAUGCACCUGUACUCUAUUUUUCUGGAAGACAACAAUAUUUUGUCUAAGAGUGAAAAUCAAUUCAGUAAUUUUUUUUUACUGCUCCAAGGAAGGAGUAUUUUUUUGCAGAAGUUAAUUUAUACCUCAAGCAAAUACAAAAAGAGUUUUUGCUUUAGAUACAGUGGGAGAAGCGUGAAGGAGUAUUCAGAAGUACAGAACCACAAUACCAUUUUCUGUGCAAUAAUUUUGAGAGGAAUGGUCUAAUAUGAGCAUUGUCAAAUACCCAAAGCUGUAGCAAUCUUUUGCACAGUAUUAAAAUAUAAAAUCUUAACUUCUAAGAAACUACCUGAUACGUGUUAUGUAAGUUCUGCCUGUUCUGAAGCUUAUAUUGUUAGGUAAGCUAUCAUUUAAUACAUUUCAUUUACCAUUUAAAAGGGAAUUUUCCUUUCUUGCAGCACAUUUACCUUUGGUAAGGGGUAGUAAACCAUGUCUGAUUGCCUUUGCCUUUGAGCUAGUUCUAAAUAGCACGAGUUGGUUAUUUCCUUGUUUUCUGUCCCAAUUUUAAGUUUUAUAAACUGUGCCUCCACUGAGUGUUAGCUAGAAAAUAACUCUCUGCCACUUAAUGGACCAAAUAGAUCAAAAGCUGAAACCCUGAAAAUUCUUCAUAAAAAUUAUUGGAUGAGUAUUUCUUGUUCAGGUGAUAUUGGAUAAGCUUACUUCAGCCAUCUGUUGUUUAUGGGUUUGGAAUUAAAAUCAGCCCCUUAAUCACAUGUUAAGCAGAGCUACCUUGGCAGCAUUCAGUCCUGCCUCAUCACAGAGAAGGAAUUGAUUUUACAGGAGAGAUGGAAUAUCAGCAGACGAUUGGGGUUUUCAAAUAUGGGUUUUUCCACUGUCUCUAGUGGGAGCUGUAGAUGGCAGGAGCCUAAGAAUUACAGACCUUUAUAAAUCCAGGCUGCAUUGGAGUAACAGUUUGCUGGGUGAGAGGCCACAGUGGGCAUUAAACCUCCCUUUUGUCUUCAACAUUCCCAUAAAGCUGAGCAGAGAAUGAGAAGUCAGGGAAAGGAAGGAUUUGGUCACAACCAGGUAGUGUAUUUUUAAGAAGGUAAUGCUGUCAGUCAUGAAACAUCUUGAGAUGUCCUUAUGACUGUUACCACUGUUGGGGCUUUAGGCUUUAUGAAUCU